GUUCAAGAAAUGUCGACUUUUGAAAAGGUUGUUGUCAUUGACGGCAAGGGUCAUCUUCUCGGACGUCUCGCCUCCAUCGUUGCCAAGCAGGCCCUUAACGGUCAAAAGGUCGUUAUUGUCCGUUGCGAGGAAUUGAACGUCUCUGGCGAGUUCUUCCGUAACAAGCUGAAGUACCAUGCUUACCUCAACAAGCGUUGCGUUGUCAACCCCCGUCGUGGUCCCUUCCACUUCCGCGCUCCUUCCCGCAUCCUCUACAAGGCCAUGCGCGGUAUGGUUCCCCACAAGACUGCUCGUGGUGCUGCCGCCCUUGACCGCAUCAAGGUCUUCGAGGGUGUCCCCCCUCCCUACGAUCGCAUGAAGCGCAUGGUCAUCCCCGAUGCUCUCCGUGUCCUCCGUCUUAAGCCCGGACGCAAGUUCACCACUCUCGGUCGUAUCUCCCACGAGGUCGGCUGGAAGUACCAGGACGUCGUUGCCAAGCUCGAGGACAAGCGCAAGGCCAAGUCUUCUGCUUACUACGAGCGCAAGGCUGCCCUCAUCGCCAUCCAGAAGAAGGCUGUCGAGUCCAAGGCUUCCUCCCUCAAGACCGUCAACGCUUCCAUCGCUGCUCUCGGUUAUUAAAAAAUAAUAAUAAUUUUAAAAUAAAACAAAAGGAGUAUUUGGACAGGGUAGCUUUUUUGCAACAACAUUAUUUGUACUUGCAAUCUGUUAUUUUUUUACGUCUAGAAUAAAACAAAAAGGAUAAAACACUAUAUACAU